AUGCCUUCUGAAAAGCGAGCCUUAGACUCCGACCCAGAGCGUAGUCAACGUCGACCAGCACCGAGAAAGCGGGAAAGAUACACCCGCAUCGCUUGCGUGACAUGCAAAACACGGAAGGUCAAGUGCAGCGGCCAGCUCCCAUGCAGUCGCUGUCUCGAACUUAUGGCAGAAUGCAAGUAUCAGGAGUGUGUACCGCAGGGGGACAUGGCAAGUGCUCAGCCCAGGGCCAAACCUGCUCCCACUGCAAAGGAUCUCGGGCAGUUACUCCGGACAAUGAAAGAAUUGUGCGACGAUAUAGAAUCCUCCGCCUUCCAAAGCGGUCGCUCUGGUGGUCCUGCAUUUUCUCUCCGGCGAAGCCUCUGCAACGGGGUCAGAGGCGCCCCAGAUGUGGAUCAAGCGACGAGCCCUGGCUUCGUCCGCUUGUUAGAUCAGGUCAGAGCCAACCUACAGCAGUCCGGAUAUUUGGAAUCCGCAAGCAAUCGAACACCCCGUCCGAAAACACGGUCAGACCCCGUUGACGCCAAUGCGACCGCCACCUUACACGCUGCGAGGACAGUCCUGCAGCUCGGCCGAGACAAGGCAUAUGCGUACCUAAACAAGUAUCUCGAUCAUGUCCAUUCCGCUUACCCGUGUAUUGAUUCAGGCAUAGCCACUGAGAGACUGGACCUUCUCUUCAAGGCGUCCGAGAACAGAGCCCAGUCGCAAGAGCUGAAGUUCGAUCUGAUCGACAUCGAGAUCAUGAAAGUGGUGAUUGCGAUUGCAAUGGUCAUAGAAGGCGAUAACGACCAUCCCCUCUGUCGAGAUUUAUCAUCACAUAUUGUGUGGAAUGUUCAGUCCAAUACGAGUAAUGAGCAAGCACAGAUAGAGGACAUUAUCAUGGCCACCUUGCUAACAUUACACGCUAUCCUCCAGAAUGAGGGACUCAAGGCAUGGCGGAUGAUCGGGAUUGCGGCAAGGGCGUGUCUGGAGCUCGGACUACACAAGUAUAAGCCAAAUGACGGUAAGGGCACUGGGUUCGGUAAGGUGUUAUUUGCAUGCGUGUAUGAUUUGGAUAAGAGAUGUAGCUUUUUCGCCGAUCUACCUUGGACUCUGCAGGAUAAGGACAUUGACGCUGGCAUUCUAAGCCCGGAUGAUAAUUAUCCAUUUCUAUCCGCGAUGCUUGGUCUCGACGGCAUGCACACUGAGAUCAUCAAAUUCAGCGCGCUUGUGCCACCGGGCGGCAACAGGGAGGUGGAUGAACAAAGCGAAAUGUUCGACUACCGGGUCCAAAAGCUCGUAGACAACAUUACUUUGCAAGGACUCUUCCCUCCAUUUGCAAAUAUUAUUCCACCGCCAGCAGUGCGGCACGUCAUGGAGUCCUUCAUCCGAGCACGCGCCUACCAGAUCAGGAUGCUGGCAUAUAUGCCAUAUGUCACCACGCCAGACACUUCUUGCCAUAAAUACUUACCACGGCAACAGCUCAUCUCUCUCAUAUUAAGCUGCGUAGAUCUCUGCCUGCGUAUAUCGGAAUGCGCAAGCCGACUUUGGCAACCUAUUAUUGACAGACUGUUGCUUAAUGCUGUAUCCUGCAUGCUACUCACCGUCUCUCAGGAUUCAGCUAAGUACGGACAGAUCUGUCAUUCAGCAUUCCAUGCAGCAAUUGAAUAUCUGGGUCAAUCAUUCCACAAGGUUCCUCCUGCCAACCAGUGGUCCAUUGAGGACCUGCGAAAGCUCGGAGAGAAAAUCCUGAAGCCACCCCUUGGAGAGGAGGACCUGCCGCUGACCGAUCAGAUACCGGCUGGCAAUAGCUCAAUGUCCUCUACAGACAAUAGUUUGCAUUUGUCUGCGCAGGACCUAGCGCAAGUCUGCGAAAGCACAGAUCACGAUGCAUUAUUGAGUCUUUUGGGGUCUACCUUCGCGUGGGGAAGUACGUUUGAGGAAUGCGAACUUGUAUAA